CCCUUGGGUUCCUACCUGCCUUUUCCCCUCCAACGAUCCACAUUCCUGGGACCCCCCACCUGCCCCCUCCCCUCUUGGUCGACUUUCUCGAGGGUUUCGGUUGCCGCUUUCUUGCAGGAUCGAAAACUUCGCAAGUUGCUCGCCGGGCGCCUUCGGAGCGUCCGCUUCCCUUUUUUCCUCCCAGUGCGAUUCGGCCACGAGGUGCUGCUGCCCUCUACCCCUCCUCAGCUAGGGAGGGAGCGGGGCGCCCGGCAGCGCCUGGGCGCUCAGGCCUCGCCAGGAAGGAUCGCCGGAGCAGAAAGGCGGCAUGAGAGAAGCGCGCAGAGCCAGGGCAGAGGACCGGGUGCAGGAGCCAGAGCGCGGGGCCGGGACCGCAACAUCGCCCGGCAACCCGGACGCCUUUCCGCGGCUUCACUUUCCGAUUUUGGAAUUGGCAGGGCAAGGCUUUUGCAAGACUUAAAGUGUUGGGUUUAUCUUUCCUAUCCUCUAUUUUUUGGGGGGGAGGUGACGCCUGGAAAUACGGAUUUCCAAGCCCUUCGAUCAGAACCGCAGUAACUCCGAUUCCCGCGCCUGCUAAAAACAUCCCCCGCUCUCUCCAACUUCGAAACCCCCAACUCUUCCGAGCAACGUUGCAAACGGCUGGACUCCCCAUCCCCCCAACCCCUUUUUGGCAAUUCCUUCCCGCGCCAAGCCGCCGCUUUAUUAUUGGAAGGAGACUUAAGGAAGGGGGGGGGUCGAUCUCGCUUUAAAUCUUGCCCCCUUCCCCCCCUCCCCGAGAGGGAGGGAGGGAGAAAAAAAAAAGGAUCCCUCGCGAUGGCCGCGAGCGGAGACUCGGCCAGCGCGAUCCCCACUCGGGCCGGUUGGAGUCCGCGGGAGGACGAGCCCGCCUCGGCAACGGUCGCCGCGACAGCAGCGGCGGAAGAGGGAGCCUUCGGAGCCGGUUGCAACGGCUGCUGCUCCUUAGCCGGCCCGAAGGAAGUGAAGCAAAGCAGCAGCAGCAGCAGCAACAGCAGCAGCCACCGACGGGAAAGAGGCUCCUUCAGCGGCGAGAGCGCGUCGCCCCGGACUUGUCAGAGAAAGAAACUUCCCUGGGUUUUGGGCGCCGGGUCGGUGGCGCUGCUCCUGGCUUUGGGGACCCGCCUGGGGCCGGACGUCCGAGGUCGAGAUCGAGAAGAAGCGGGCGAAGGGCCCCCCCCAGGUGAGCCCAGCUGGUCCCCGCCGCCCGGCCCGGCGCUGUGCUGCUGCUGCCUCCUCCUGGCCGCCUACUUCUGGCUGGGACUGGAGCUGCUGCGCGCCGGGCUCCGCUUGCGCACCGCCGUCCUGCUCCUGGCCGUCGGCUGCUGCGGCGGGGAAGCGCUCGUCGGCUCGGCCCUGGGGGAAGAUCGCUUGCUCUCCGCCGCCGCCGCCGCCGGCUUGGGGCUGAGUAGCCUGGCCGGCUGGGCAUGGCUGCUUCUGCCCCGGUUCCGCCACGGCGUCCUCAUGCUGGCCUUGACUAGCGCGCUCCGCCUCACCUCGCUCGUCUUCUUGGAGGGCGUCCGGCCGCCGUGGAGACCUCACCUGGCUUAUCUCCUGGCUUUGCUGGGCAUCCUUCUGGCCAGCUGCGCUCGGCACGCCUCGUCGGGCCGCCCCUCCGGAAAGCGGGAGGAGGAGGAGGAGGAGGAGAGCCGAGCAGGAGCGGAAGGAGCCGACUCCGCCGCCGCCGCCGCUGCCGCUGCUGACGCCCGGCCGGCCAAAGAAGACGCGGCGGGCUUGAAGAGGAGGCGGCGGUCCAGCUCCGUGAUCUCCGCCGAGAUGGCAGGUUGCGGCGGCAAGAGCCACCGGAGGACCUCUCUGCCCUGCAUCCCUCGCGAGCAGAUCAUGGGAUAUUCUGAAUGGGAUCAUAAACGAGGAUCAAGAGAAUCUCAGUCUUCGGGGACCAGUAUUACAGUAGAUAUUGCCGUCAUGGGAGAAGCUCAUGGACUCAUUACCGACCUUCUAGCAGAUCCUUCGUUGCCACCCAAUGUCUGCACCUCCCUCCGAGCAGUGAGCAACCUGCUUAGCACACAGUUGACCUUCCAAGCUAUUCACAGACCAAGAGUCAAUACUCUGGCAUCUUUCAAUGAAAAUUACACCUGUUCUGACACAGAAGAAUGUUCAGAGAAGGGAGAAAAGCUUACUAUUCCCAAGCGCUUUCGGAAAAGCCUUCCCCCUGGUCUUCUACGGCGAGUGUCAUCCACUUGGACAACAACCACAUCUGCCACUGGUUUACCCACGUUGGAGCCAGCUUCUGUUAGAAGGGACCGCAGUCCCAGCAUCAAACUUUAUGAUACGUCAUCAUCCAGCUCUGACUCAUGGAACAAUCCUCUCCUGAUGACUCUCACCAAAAGCCGAUCUUUCUCAACCUCCUACGCACUGUCUGCUGCCAACCAUCUGAAUUCAAAGCGGCCAAGCCGGCAAGGUAUCUCCCCAAAUAUUUCACCUCUUGUCUCCCCAAGCCAUUCACCUGUCCAGGGUACACCAGCCAACAGUCCCAUCCGCAGAACCUCCGGAGAACAAUUUCCAGAGUCGACAGUCAUGGCCACUACCCAAGCCAUCAAGCCUCAUAAGCUCUUAGGUUGCACUCAGAGUGCCCCUAACCUAUCAGAGCCUGUGGAAGGCACCUCUGUCAUUUGUAGAAGCUGUGGAAGGCUAUACAGCCCAACAGACCCCAGAGAAGGAACGCUGGAUAGGAAUGAUGGUGCCGCACACACUUUGAACAGGACAGAUGAUCCCGCGCAGGCCACCUCCGACUAUGAGACGAAUAACAGCGACAGCAGUGACAUUGUGCAGAAUGAAGACGAGACAUCUUGUGCCAAGGAGAAGAGCCAGGAGGGCCCGCACUGCAGGACGUUUGCCCCAGAGACGGUCAUUUUGCAUCCUUUGCUGCCUGUGGAGGAAAAACCUAUCCUUGCCCCCGAGCCUCUAAUAAUGGACAAUUUGGACCCAUUAAUGGAGCAACUAAACAAUUGGAAUUUCCCAAUCUUUGAUUUGGUAGACAAAACCAACAGGAGAUGUGGUCGGAUUUUAAGUCAGGUAUCCUAUAGGCUAUUUGAAGAUAUGGGUCUCUUUGAAACUUUUAAAAUCCCUAUAAAAGAGUUUAUGAACUAUUUCCAUGCCUUAGAAUGUGGAUAUCGGGAGAUACCUUAUCAUAACAGAAUUCAUGCUACUGAUGUCCUCCAUGCUGUCUGGUACCUUUCGUCCCAGCCCAUCCCUGGCCUCCCAACUAUGAUUAAUGACCAUGGAUCAGCAAGUGAUUCAGAUUCAGAUAGCGGGAUCCCCCACGGCCACUUGGGAUACGUAUUGUCAAAAACGUACACGCCCACAGAUGACAACUACGGGUGCUUGGCGGGCAAUAUUCCAUCCCUUGAAUUGAUGGCCCUCUAUGUAGCGGCUGCCAUGCAUGACUAUGAUCACCCAGGGAGAACCAAUGCCUUCUUGGUGGCAACUAGCGCUCCUCAGGCUGUUCUAUAUAAUGACCGUUCCGUUCUGGAGAACCAUCAUGCGGCGGCUGCAUGGAAUCUUUUCAUGUCCAGGCCAGAAUAUAAUUUUUUAAUCCAUCUUGAUCAUGUGGAGUUCAAGCAUUUCCGCUUCCUUGUCAUCGAGGCCAUUUUGGCCACUGAUCUGAAGAAGCACUUUGAUUUUGUAGCUAAAUUCAAUGCCAAGGUGAAUGACGAUGCAGGCAUUGAUUGGACAAACGAGAACGACCGAUUAUUGGUUUGUCAGAUGUGCAUCAAACUGGCCGAUAUCAAUGGUCCAGCCAAGUACAAAGAUUUACAUCUAAAGUGGACAGAGGGCAUCGUGAAUGAAUUUUAUGAACAGGGUGAUGAAGAAGCCAGCUUAGGUCUCCCCAUCAGCCCUUUCAUGGACCGCUCUGCUCCGCAGUUAGCAAAACUCCAAGAAUCCUUCAUCACUCACAUUGUGGGACCCCUGUGUAACUCCUAUGACUCAGCAGGACUGAUGCCAGGUAAAUGGAUUGAGGACAACGAUGAGUCAGGAGAUACAGAUGAACACGAAGAGGAUUCCCUAGACACGGACCUCUGUGACAGCCACGAAGCAAGUACGAAGAGGAGGAGGCCUCUCCAGACAUCCUUUCUUUUGUACUCUCUUCUCAAGAUACUCUUCUCCGGAAGUCAUACAAGAGGGUCCUACUAUCAUAGUGGCUCUGGAGCCACCGGAAAUUGCAUAAGAAUCCUUGCCCGGUUUUGGGAGGGCUCAGAGGCUAUGCUAGAGUAA